AUGGACCCUCAGGUGCCCUUUUUGGCCAAGGCCAAGGUCUCCUGGUCAGGGGAAGAAGAAGGCGACUUGGGCUUCCUAGAGAACGAAAUCAUCAAGGUGUUCCACAUUGUCGACGAGCUGUGGUGGCAGGGGCUGCUUUCACGAAACGGCAACGAGGGCAUCUUCCCAAAAGAGUUUGUCAAUAUCGUGGUGGACUCCAGAUCCAACAGUCAGGUACCUACCCCCACAAAAACGGGCCAGCAGAGAUCAAGGGCUUCUAGGGAAACUACACCGGUGCCUAUGCUGAAGCUGCCCUAUGUCAAUUCCACUUCACUGAAGUUAUACCAGGGAAAACGAGCCUCGCAGUCGUUCUCUCCUAUGACGACUCCUACUAAGGCCAAGGCAACGCCUACGAAGAGUUCUCCUGGCGCAAGCUACGCCUAUAAGAUGUCGCCAGCAUCGAAACUGGCUCCACAGCUUUACGCUGACCACUCGUUUGACCAGAAAAGACUGCCUAAUCCCAAGCUCUACUCGCAGUAUGUGAUGAACUCUGGCAUCUCAAGAGACAGCACUGAUUAUAAAAGACAUAGCAUGGUGGAUUUGAAACAUACCAACGAUCUUAGAAACGCCGUUCCCGUGGAUGACUACACCGAGGACGACGACUUGCUCGAGCUGAUCUCUUAUAAAAAGCAGCAGCUUGAGAAGGAAUUGAUGAACUUGAAGCGGUUAGAGCGGAGCCACGUCCAACAAAAACAGCGCCAGAGCCUCCUGGUCGAAUCUUCUUUUGUCAGUGAAGACCUCUUAUCUUCGAGACGCAAUUAUAACUCAAAGGAUGACCUUGGAGCAAAACUAGCACUCGUUGAUGAGCCUGAGCUCGUUGAUGACGAGGAAGACGACGUUUCAGCGCCUCCUCCGCCUCCUCCCCCAAAGCAUAAGGCUCUGGUCUCCAUUCCUUUCGCUCCUGAAGACUUUAGAGCCUCUGGUGCCUCCAAUUUACAGGCAGACCAGUCAUGGAGACAGCUGCAGAACGAGCAACUCAAACUCUCCUUAAAAUCUUUGCAAAGUGAUGUUCUCAAUCUCUCGGAAUUGAGUGCUACAUCUGCUGGCUCAUUCAUGAGACACAAGUACGAGAGAGAGAUGAAUGAUAAUGAAAACCGUAUGAGCCGCUUGAGCAUCACUGAAGACCCCGCUGAGACUCCAUCUGAUGUCAUGAACUCUGUUUUUAAAGAUAAAAAGUCCAAGCAUCCGAAGAUCUUUAAGAUGCUUAUGAAAAAGAAACCCGAGCAGAAUUUAAUGGAGCAAAGACUCGAACAGAGCCAGCCCGAUGAUUGGCAGAGUUUCAAGGUUGACUUGAACAGAAUGAACACGUUGACUUCACAAGACAAACAAUUACGCACCAAAAGAGCUGUACGUAAAGAGCCAAAUUUUAUUGCAAGGCCGUUGGACUUUGUCACUGACAUCAAUGAAAGUGAGACGUUUGGGCCAGACCAGCACUUACCUCCUCAAAAAAACAUGAAGGUAAAUAUGCGAAAGGUGGCUGACUUUUCAGAAAGAUACUCUUAUAGCUUCGACUUCAACGAUUUGAUCUCAGACAUCAGUGUCAAAUUUGGCACUUGGAGACCCAACGAGAUAAGAGCGGUGUUAUUGCACUUGUGCAAAUUUAGAAUCAUCGAAGAAAGCGAGCGGAUUCUGCAAGCAAAACCCAAGUUGAGCGAAGUCAUGGCCAAGGGCGAGGCAACAAUUUUCCAACUUAAUUAUCUUUUCAAAAAGCUUCUUGAGGCAUUGCGUAUUCCAUCCGAGGUAGUACUUGGAUUCUGGAAAAAGCCCAACGAAUUUUAUCAUAACGAACAAUACGUCGUCAAUCACUGCUGGCUCUCUGUGAUGGUUGAGACAGACAUCUACGGCAAUGGAUCUUUCCGCAUCAUUGACCUCAUGUGUUUCAAGAAUGGCUCUAUCUGCAAUAAAGAAGGUUUCAACGAGUUCUAUUUCUUGGCCGAACCUUUAGACUUGGUGUCCACUCACAUUCCGUCUGUGAUCGAGUUACAACAUGUUUGUCCACCAGUGGAUCUUAAUAUUGCAUACCACUUGCCACGAAUGUAUUCUGGCUGGUCCAAAAACAGUCUUGUUUUCAAAAACUUCAACAACGCAUUGACUCGUAUUCGAGACUUGGAGUUUUUUGAGGCAGACAUUCUCAUCCCCACAAAUGUGGAACUUUUUACUCUAAUCAAAACAUCUAGAGCAACCUCCAACGACUACACUUUGUGCCAGAUCUACUGGAGUGGCGGUAAGAGAAUCGCCAAGGUGAAAGCAGUUCUCCCAGAUAAAGAGGAAGUUGGAGUGUUGCAGAUAUUUGCUGGAGCCAAGGGACUACAGACUCACUUCGAUAACAUCCACGAGUUGGCGUGCGUUAUCCCACUCUACCAUUCAGGCUCGCAGAAGCCAUGCAAGCUCGUUCCUCGCUUCCCAACGAACCAGGCACAAAAUAAUGAUCUUUACAUCAAGCAUCCUCAGCUUCACAAUAUCCGCGUGGGCCAUGCGUACAACUUCGAGAUAGAAGUGCAUCCGUCCAUGGGGCUCAACUCGGGUCUGGGUAUCAUGAAUCAAGACUUCAAGCUCGUGAUUGAGUCGCCACUGGGCAAGUACACACGGCUAGUGCAUGACGAGCCCCACAAGCCAUAUGGCACGUUCCGUACAAAUAUGAACUGUCAAGAGAACGGUACCUACCGAGCGUUGGUGAUUGGUGACAGCGGCAACAGCUGGUAUGUGUUUGCCCAAUGGGAAUGCGCUGGGCUGCAUUAA